AUGGCAUGUACCCUGGACAGACUAUCUCUUGCGGUGGGCCAACGGUUGACGGACAAGAACCAGUACCUCAGCGUCCACCGUGCAGACGAGAGUCCUUGCGGAGGCCCGGUUGGGCCCAAUGCUGUUCAGCUCUCCGCUGCCUUCAGUGCCCUCCAGGAGCGAAGGAUGGUUCAGUCUCCUCCUGAUUCCUUGGUCUCCCUCUUGGUGGAUGAUGGAGCCAAGGAGGAGGAGAAGAUCCUGCGCAAGCAGCAGCAGACCAAAGUCUUGAGUCCAGCCAGGCGCCUUGAAGACCCGCCAAGUUCAAUCCGGAAUGCAGCGUGCGUGCACGAGCCCCGCGAUAACUGGGAUGAGGAGGAGGAGGAGGAGGAGGAAGAAAAGGAGGUGGAGGUAAAACCAGAGCCCAAAGUUUCAGAAAAGAAGAAAAUAGCAGAAAAAAUAAAAGAGAGGGAAAAUCAGCAGAAGAAAAAGCAAGAGGAGAUUAAAAAAAGGGUAUCAGAAGAACCGAAGGAGCUGACGCCAGAAGAGCUGUUAGCAGGUAAAAUCCGGCUACAGAAAUUACAAGAAGAGGCCGACCUUGAAGUAGCAAAAGAAAUUUUUGGCGAAAACAACACGUUUGGAAUAGAUGCUAUGAAUCCAUCUUCAAAAGAUGACUUUACGGAAUUUGGAAAAGUUUUAAAAGAAAAAAUAACACAGUAUGAGAAAUCCCUAUAUUAUGCUGGCUUUUUGGAAACCUUAGUUCGAGACAUAUGUAUUUCAUUGGAAGUUGAUGACUUGAAAAAGAUCACAAAUUCCUUGACGGUUCUAUGCAGUGAGAAGCAGAAACAAGAGAAGCAAAAUAAAGCCAAAAAGAAGAAGAAAGGCGUGGUGCCAGGCGGGGGCUUGAAGGCGACCAUGAAAGACGACCUUGCGGAUUAUGGUGGCUACGACGGGGGUUACGUUCAAGACUUCGAAGACUUCAUGUGACCUUUCUCCUCUUUUAUGUUGUCUUUCUGUUGCCCAGAAUCCCGUAAAUGUGUAGCACAACUUAUUUCCUUUAAAUUCUGCCAAAUGCUACAAUCAAAAGUGCAGCAGUAUUUUUGUGCUGGCAGCCUUUUGAGGCCCAGCUGCAAAAGCAUUGGAUGCCCCAUCUUGACGUCAAGGGAAUAAAAUUGAGGCUGAGUUUGCUUUGCUUGAUCAUAGGACAGGACAGGACUUUAAAGAAUAUUUGACUUCAUAGCAGCAGAAGCAGCACCCAAUUGGAAAUGCAAGGCCCAAAUUAGGUUACCGGCACCACAUAGUAAUAACCUCCUUAACUGCGCUCUCCAACUGACUCUCCACCCGACUCUCCACCCGGGUAACAGGUGCAGUUUGCAGCAGGCAUAGCGGGGUGGGUGUGCAGCAUUAGUGUUAAGAAUGGCUUUCCUCUGUACACGUAGAGCUUGAGAUGUUUGUGGGAGGGGCUGGCGAG